AUGCCCUCAUCCGUCGCCACCCACGCAUCCCUCCUCCUCAAAGCCGCAGCCGCCAAGCCCUUCUUCUCCCCCCGCGCGGCGGCCCGGAUCCCCGCCCCCGCCCCGGCCCCUUCUCCUCACCCUCCUCCUCCGCCCGCCGGCCGCCGCCUGCCGACCACGGCGGCCGCUCUCGCCGCCGCAGCCCGCCGGUUCCGGUGGCCGUCGGCGGCGCGGGGGCUGUGCGCCGCGCCGCAUUCCGGCGGCGAGGGGAUGGGAUCUGAUGCGGGGGUCGGGUCCAGGAAGAGGCGGGUGCCGGCGGUGAACGGACUCGCCAAAGACGUGCCGGUGGUGAACGGGAUGACCAAGGAGGAGCCCGCCACCGCGCCGCCCAGGCUGCUCACGCUGCCCACCGUGCUCACCAUUGGCCGCGUCGCUGCCGUGCCUCUCCUGAUCAGCACUUUCUACAUGGAGGGUCCAUGGGCAGCUACGGCCACAACAGGCAUCUUCCUUGCUGCUGCAGUUACUGAUUGGCUAGAUGGUUAUAUUGCUAGAAAGAUGCAGCUAGGAACACCUUUUGGUGCAUUUCUUGAUCCUGUGGCUGACAAGCUUAUGGUAGCCGCAACAUUAGUUUUGUUAUGCACCAAACCUUUGGAAACAUCACUGCUCAAUGAUGGGCCAUGGCUUCUAACAGUCCCUUCCAUUGCUAUCAUUGGGAGAGAGAUUACAAUGUCAGCCGUGAGAGAGUGGGCUGCAUCGCAGAAUAGCAAAGUUCUUGAGGCUGUUGCAGUUAACAACUUAGGGAAGUGGAAGACAGCGACACAGAUGACAGCAUUGACUCUGCUUCUCGCCAGCAGAGACCCAAGUCUACCUGUGCAAGGUGCUCUAGUUGCCCCCGGUGUUGCUCUACUUUACGUUUCCGCUGGACUCGCCAUAUGGUCCCUAGUGGUGUACAUGAGAAAGAUAUGGCGGAUACUUCUAAAAUAG